AUGCCCGGAGCUGCUCCGCUGGGACGAGCCACUCCGACCCCCGCCUCCACCGCCACCCCCACCUCCACCGCCACCCCCGUCUCCACCGCCAGGACCGUCGCUCCCACCGCUCCCACCGCCUCCUCCGCUACCACCCCCGCCGCCACCUCCGCCUCCACCGCCGCCACCAGUACCUCCACUCCCGCCACCACCCCCACCGCCACCCCCACUCCCCCCGCCACCCCCACCGCCUCCUCCACCGCCCCCUCUAGCUCCACCCGCUCCCUUGCCCCCCUUGCCCUUGCCAGAGCGGCGUCUGCCGCUGGGGGCAGACGCCGCGCCGACCGACUCAAAACCUACGGCAAAGUCAACGGCCCUCCCCUCAGCGUCAAAGGUAAGAACAUUGGGGUGGCCAUGACAGCAGCUGAAAAUCUCACCGGGCUGGGAGAGGCGGGUAGGUCAGCAGCAGAGGAACAGCAGUACGGCUCCGCAGGCGGCUCGGGCGGCGCGGGCGGCUCGGGCGGCACAGGCGGCUCGGCGGCGGCUCGGGCGGCGGCUCGGCGGCGGCUCGGCGGCGGCUCGGCGGCGGCUCGGCGGCGGCUCAGGCGGCGGCGGCUCGGCGGCGGCUCGGCUGCUGCUGGGCGGCUCGGGCGGCUCGGGCGGCACGGGCGGCUCGGCGGCGGCUCGGGCGGCGGCUCGGCGGCGGCUCUGCGGCGGCUCGGCGGCGGCUCGGCGGCGGCUCGGCGGCGGCUCGGCGGCGGCUCAGGCGGCGGCGGCUGCUGCUGGGCGGAUCGGCGGGGCCGCGUAGCAGAGUGGCGGCGGGGCCGCGACCGAAAAGAGCGGCGGGGCCGCGUAGCAGGGGGCGGCGGGGCCGCGUAG